GAUGAUGAUAUGGAGACGGGUAACGUUAUUUCCAUUACAUCUGAUUCUCUUCUAGCGGAACAAUACCAUUCAGGGAAAUGCCAUUUUUGUGACGUUGCUUAGUGAGUAUAAAGUCUGGCGAGAGACUGGUGAGGCGGAAAUACGGUUGAUGACAGCGAUCCUCCUUCCGUCUGUACGUGGAGAAAGCAGUCUGAUCGCUGGGAGGACCAUGUCAUGCGGGCUGUGGAAAGAAACCCUGGCAAUAGCAGAGGACUACCUGUCUGUCUGCAGUAUUAUCCCUGCCAGUGGGUCCCAGAAAGCCCCGCCUGGUCCUCCUCCCAGCGACUCGGCUGCAGCCAUGCGGCGCCAGGCCCGGGACAUGGAGGCCAAGCACCGGGCCCGCUUCCAUGCCCUGGCACACAGCUUCCUGUGCCAAUGCGGGCCGGACCCCUGCGCCUGUCUGAGGAGGGUGAUGGAGGAGCUGGUGGGAGAUGGACAGAUGAACUGGGGGAGGGUGGUCUCUCUGUUCACCUUCACUGGUGUGCUGGUGAGAGAACUACAGGGAGAGGACACAGACCAGGGGCUGGGUAAUGGCAUGGAGCUGGGGGGGAAGGAGAGCUGCAGGGCACUGGCGGAGACCAUAGCAGACUACCUAGGAGAGGAGAAGAGUGACUGGAUGCUGGAGAACAAAGGCUGGGAGGGCUUCUGUAAGUUCUUCCACACAGCAAGAGAGGUGAACCAGGACUCGUCCAUGAAGACUGCCCUGUUUGCUGCUGCUGGCGUGGGCAUCGCAGGGUUAACCUUCCUCCUGGUCCGCUAACACACAGCACAAGCCCUACUGCAUCAUCAGUCUCAUUUCAAAGUGAUGGCCGUGUGGUAGGUCCUCAAUGGGUUAAAUGGUGUCACAACAGGGGCAAAACACUGUCUUGAAAAUGAGGGGUGGGGGGAGAGACUAAGUUGGGGCCAAAAUAUCUUUUUUUUGAAUAGUGGAUGGGACAUGUCCCCCUUCACCCCCUGGUGAGUUACGCCCAUGUGUCACACUGAAGCAGGAUUCCAUUACAUGGUUUAGUUUCAUUCAUCAACUGAAUGUUUCCACAUCUUUCAGUCUGCAGUAAUACCUUAAACUAUUACCAACUCUAUGAUUCAGUCAUACCUGUACCACAACAAACUAAAGGCCUUCUGAAAUGAUGGAAUAUGUGAAUAUUAUUAGUUUGCAUAUCUUUCCGCUGUUAUGUUAUUAAACUCUAGUAUUUAGUCAAAGCGAGCGCACAGGGGACCACAUGUUGUGUUGACCACAACUGGACUACUAUGGUUGGUUGCAUUCUGUUUGACCGUGCAGCUACAAAGAUGACCAUUUAGAUGUGGAUGGCUGCUUCUCAAAUGGGGACUUCAUCCCUAUAUCAGGGCUAUUCAAAUCCAGGCCUGACGUUCUGAAGUAGUCCUGCUUUUCUGUUCUGCCUGAUCAUUAAUGGCACCCAACUGGUGUCUCAGGUCUAAAGCCAUUCCUGGUAAGAGGGGAGGAAUGAAAAUCAACUGUGGAACUGGCUUGUUGGUCCAGAUUUCAAUAUCCUUGACCUAUAUAGAAAUGGGGUGGCAUUUGGGGACAAACCCCAUCAUUUUGUCCACUGCUUGGUGUCCUGACUUGUUUUUAUGAAUGUCCCUCUUGCCUUUCUACUUCAAGUAAUGUGUGUGUGUGGCAAGAAUAUUUUUUAGUGUAAUAAACAUACAUUAAUAUAUUAUAUUUAUAUGAAAUAAAAAUGUUAAGUUGCCAUCUUUGCAUUUUGCCCCUUGGCAGAUUUCAUUGUUAUUUUGUAGUUUUUUAAAACCUUUUUCUCUCUCGUCAUGUUAGACAUCCAUUUCUGGUUUAUAAAACAGGGUUCUUCUACUCCAGGCCCGGAGGUCCACAUUACUGCUCGAUUCUUUUCUACCUGCUAAUUGAUUGGCCGGCCAGAGACUCUGAGAUGAUGAAAACCAGAAGUGCUCAGGUCCUCCAGGCCUGUAGUUAAAUAUCCUUGGUCUGUCUGUGUAGGUUUCUAUCUGUGUCUGAGAUGGUAUGUAAUGUUUUUCAGUGCUUUACAGACAGUGGUGCUACAGUGUGAGAUGAUCUUAAGCAUGUCUGCUUCAGACCAAUUGACUAGACAUGGUCUGCAUUGCAAAUGCACCCUGUUCCCUAUAGUGUGUUAUUUAUGUCUUUUUCUAAAUAAAAAGUUUGUCAUGGA